AUGGACCCUCCAAAAGCAGAAACCGAUGGAUUUGAAGUGGGCGAGGUGCUUACAGGACCAGACGAUUGUCGAAUAGUCCUGUACUACGAUCAUCUGCGAUUCAUCCUCGUCAUGACGAAACCAGAGAUCCGAGAGGAUGGUGAUGUUGUGGCAGACUUGUUUCUGAAGAUCGAGGAGGCCGAGAAUGAUCCUGAUGAAAUGAUGUUCGAUCGCUACCUGGAAGAUGUCAGAGAACUUGCAAUCUUGGCCUGCAAGCAUACGAUGUAUACGCUUGCAGCAUCAGUCCCGAAGCCGAGGAGCAAGCAACUAUCUCUUGAGGACUUUCUGCACCCCGCAACUUUCUGUCUACAACUACGCGCCAUGAAAGGAAAGCUGCAGGCCGUAGGAAUAGACGACAUCUCGGAGUUCGCCAGCAUGCACGAACCUGUACCCUUGGCAAUGGACUUCGUGCCCCGUUCUGUUCCGGCUCUCACUCCUUCCGUUGAAAUAGAGUUCAUUGAGGAUCUCUUUAUGAGGAAAAUACUCAAAGUCUCCAAACACGGUGAAGUGUGUGUCUUCAAAUCAGCAACUCAAGGUAAUGAAGACCAGCUUAGACGAGAAAUAAGUGUCCUCCAGCAAAUAUCCGAUAAAUGGGAGCCCGAUCACCCCGAUCACCCCCAUGUUCCACGGCUUCUUGGUCUCGUGACAUCUGGGGGUCAAGUCAUAGGAAUGCUUGAGGAAUUUAUCGAUGGCACGAAUCUGCACGAGCUUGACCUAGAUGAUGCUUCCUCCGCGCAGCGCCGAAAGUGGAAGCGUCAGAUCGAGCAGGCUAUCAAGCAACUACAUCAGAGUGGCGUCGUCUGGGGAGAUGUGAAACCAGAAAAUGUUCUGAUCGACAAAGCAGCCCAUGCGUGGCUUGUCGAUUUCGGCGGCAGCUCGACCGAUGGUUGGGUGGACGAGGAUCUAGCGGAGACUAUGGAAGGCGACUCGCAGGGCUUGCGCCGGCUGGUGGAGUUUUUGGGCGUCCGACAUUGA